AUAGUAUCAACACAACGGGCGCUAUUGUGAGAUCGUUUUUAAAAAAAUAUAAAAACUAAUUUCGAUUUGUUUUUAAAUUUUUAAAAAUAAAAAUAUCAAAAUAACAAAACAAAAGAGUGGUGUGACGCGUGACAAUGUAUGUGAGCGCUAGAAUAAAAAAUUCUGUGAAUAGGAAUAAUAGCAACAAAAACGUGCUACCGUCAACUAAAAUAAACUGUGAAGCGAUUAAAUUUAUCAAAUAAAACCUAUACAAAAAAACUGAAUCAUAAAAAUGCCCAAUAAUAAGUUAAUCUAGAAUUAACAGCAAAAAUAACGACAACAAAGUAAAGCCAUAAUCAAGUGUAAAAUAAUAAAAGCCAAGUAUUAUAACAGCUGCACAGUUUUGCCCUUGAAAAGUUCAAUAACGGCUAGGUUUUUUGCGCAAAAAGAAGUCGUCAAACUACCCACUAUACACAUAUAGGGGUUUACAAAAGAAAGUUGAAAAUAUACAAAAAUAAAGGUCAAUUGUUAAAUUAUUUUGUAAUUAAAAGUUUUUAAAUAGAAAAAAAUAUAAAUCUCGCGAUUAAAUAAGUGAUUAAUUUGAGAGCUCUCUCAUACUCCCACCAUACACUGUUACAGUGUGAGAGACGCGCUGAGCGUCCCGGUCUAUAGCAAAACAAAACAGAUCGUCAUUGCGGUGACUUUAGCAAACAACUGUCAAGGUUGGUUCCGCGCCAUCGUGUAUUGUUGCUUCGCCCCCGAUGUGAAGAGUCCAUUGUCAACGACGCCCUGUACGUCGAGCAGUGUUUUUAGUGAGUUUCCGGUUCCUGAAGCGUUAUGACUUCACAGCAAUGUAUUUGCGUAAAACGUUUUUUAAUAGUCGGUCUCGGCCUGCUAUCAAUCCUGGCUGGAGUCUAUCUCUAUCUGAAUUGGAUACAAAUGUUUACCGAAAUGAGAGGAAAGGAAAUGGCCUUAAGUGCCACUUCACCAGCGUUUGCUGGCUGGAAGGUUUCCCCAAUUCCCUUAGACUUUGAUGUCUAUCUAUUUAAUUGGACAAAUCCUCAAGAUUAUUUUAUAGGAUCGCCACGUAAACCACGUUUUGAACAAUUGGGCCCCUAUAGAUUUCGUGAAACUCCCGAUAAGGUGAAUAUAGUCUGGCAUGCGAGUAAUCAUUCGGUAUCAUUUCGCAAGAAGGCCACAUUUCAUUUUGAUGAACGGGGAAGCAAUGGAACUUUGAAUGAUAUUAUAACCACAGUGGAUACAGUAGCGCAUUCAGCGGCUUUGUUAACCAAAAAUGGCAGUGGAUUUGAAAAAGGUUUAUUAUCGCUGGCUUUAGGCAGACGGUCGGUGACUAUAACAAAAUCCGCCAGAGAAUGGUUAUUUGAUGGCUACGAAGACUCAUUGGUCUCCAUAGGAAAGUUUUUUGCGAAAUUUGUGAAAAAACAUGAGGUUCCCUAUGAUCGUGUGGGUUGGAUGUAUACACGCAAUGGCAGCUCUACCUAUGAGGGGCAUUUCAAUAUGUUUACCGGUGCUGAUAAUAUUUCCAAAAUGGGUCAAAUACACGCCUGGAAUUAUAAAACCCAUAAUGGUGCCUUUGAGGGGGAAUGCGGCCGGGUUAAGGGUUCAAUGGGUGAAUUCUUUCCACCCAAUCUAACACCGCAGGAUUCGGUGUGGCUCUAUGUGCCGAAUAUAUGUCGUGCUGUGCCAUUAGAUUACACCGAGAUGGUGAAAAUUCAUGAUGUUACAGCAUUUAAAUUUAGUGGCACCGAGAGAUCUAUUGAUAAUGGCACUCUUUAUCUUGAAAAUAAAUGCCUCUGCGUAAAUGGAAAAUGUGAAGCCUCGGGAGUCUUUAGCAUAGCACCCUGUAAAUAUAACUCUUCCAUAUAUAUGUCAUAUCCACACUUUUAUCUGGCAGAUCCCAUAUAUCUGCAAGCCAUAGAGGGUUUAAAACCCGAGAAAGAGAAGCAUGAGUUCUUUAUGACCUUAGAGCCGACAUCAGGGGUACCCAUGGAUGUGGGUGGAGGAUUUCAGGCAAAUUAUUUAAUGGAGCCUGUUCCCGGUAUAAGCCCCUAUCAGAGAAUACCGCGCACCUUUAUACCAAUCAUGUGGGCCGAAGAGCGGGUACGUGUGCCACCCGAAAUAGCAGCUGAUAUUGCUUUAGUCCCCUUUAUCACACUGAUGGGACAAAUAGUCACUGGUAUCCUAUUUGCAUUGGGCUUCAUUAUGUUAUGUUGGUAUCCCACCAAGUUCAUUACUCAACUGUGCCAUGAUCCCAAAGGGAAGAAUGUCCUUUUAAGGUCACUAUCCACACAAAAGAACACUGUCACGGUUAAUAUAGCCAAGCCACAGUAUAGCAAUAGGGAAACUCUUUCCCUGCUAGAACAAAGAAACGGUAUUAAUUUACUACGUGCCCAAAGUUGUUCCCUAACCGAGGGUUUAAUUUAUAACUCAGGGUCCCAGAAUACCUCCAGCGAUAUGAUAUCUCCAAACUCUUAGGUCUUACACUCAAGUUGUAUUCUUUAUUUUUUGUAUUGUAUUCUUUCCAUCUAAUUCUAUCAUCCUUGUAUCCUUAUGGACAAAGCUUUUAAAGCUUUUCUGUUAUUACCUUUAUAUAUUGUAAAUAUUGUAAAAAAUCAAAUCACCAUUAAAUUUGAAAUAAGUCCUUCGAGGAAGAGAGCUCUUUUUAGUUUGGACUUAAACCAUUUCCUUGGUUAUAGGAAUAUGUACGAGAUGUUUUUGUAUCACAAACAUUUUGGUACAUCAAUCAGUAUAUGUAAAUUUUUAUAUUCAUAAGGUCACAUCUACACCAUUUCCAUUUAAAAUUAAGAAAAAAAACAACUAAAAUUAAGAUAAAGUAUUGAUGACACCAGAAGAUGGAACUUUUAAAUUUAGUGGACGGGAUAAUGGAUUGAAA